AGACCGGAAGUGUGCUCGCUGCUCCCGUUCCGUGUCUGCGGGUCCGGGGUUCCCUCUCUGUAGUUCCCCACGUGAUCCCAGUGACCCUGCCUCCCCCAGUCCCCGGGCUAUGUGUGCCGGCAGGCGGGUCCGUGCGGUGAGUCGCGAUCGGCCGAUGGGGAGACGUGCUGAAGUCGCGCUAUGAUUGGAUUUCAGCUGCUGCGUGUGACGGCCGGGGCGGGGCUACAUCGCUGGGCAGGGGGACUGAGUGCGGGUCUGCGGCACAGAACGAGCGGCAACCUGGGCACUGAAUGCAGCCAGAACAACAUCCGAACAAUGCCUGAGAUAAAUACAGAUUCACUGGACAGUCAGCAAGUCCAGCUGCUGGCAGAGAUGUGCAUCCUUAUUGAUGAGGAUGACCAGAAGAUCGGGGCAGAUACCAAAAAAAACUGCCAUCUCAAUGUUAAUAUCGAUAAAGGUUUGUUGCACAGGGCAUUCAGCGUUUUCCUUUUUAACACUGAAAAUAAGCUGUUGUUGCAACAGAGAUCGGAUGCAAAGAUCACGUUUCCUGAUUGUUUUACAAACACUUGCUGCAGCCAUCCCUUAAGUACUCCGGAAGAAAUGGAAGAACAAGAUGCUAUAGGGGUGAGACGGGCAGCGCAACGGCGUCUGAAAGCAGAGCUUGGAAUUCCAAUGGAACAGGUUACUCCAGAUGAGCUGAAGUACUUGACUAGAAUUCACUAUAAAGCUCAAUCAGAUGGAAUCUGGGGAGAACAUGAAAUAGAUUAUAUCCUGUUUGUACAGAAGGAUGUGACUCUAAAUCCAGACCCCAAUGAAAUUAAAAGCCACUGUUUUGUGUCUAAAGAAGAACUCAAGCAGCUAUUGGAAAAAGGGAAACGAGGUGACGUUCAGAUCACCCCAUGGUUCCAGCUCAUCGCAGAUACCUUCCUUUACAAGUGGUGGGAUAAUUUGCAAAAUUUAAAACCUUUUGAGGAUCAUGACAAAAUUCACCGUAUGUAAUCGAACUAAGGCAAAUUUCCAGCAAGAUUUGGUGUACCAAACACAGAACGUUACUCACCUGUGGACUACUUAUACAUAUGGUACAUGUAUUUGAUCUAAGAAUGGAGUUAUCAUGGUUUCAAAAAUUAAUCUCUCAACCGUUUAGCCCUAUUAUAAGAACUAAAAAAGGCUAUACUGUAAUGGAACGAUAUCUUACAGAUAACAGUGUUUCAACAAGAUACUAAGGAUUUGUUAAAAUGUCUUAACAUACCUUUUAAUUCUGUCCCCAUUAGUGAUAUUAAAAAUAAAGAUGUUUCAAAUAGCAGUAAAAGUACAGAUUGAAAUGGA